GUUGCCGACUCUUUCCUCCUCCCCACGGUCCAGUCAGCUGGUUGAUUAGGCCAUCGGCCCUCAAGCCGAGACCUGUCUCUUAUUUAGUUCUGGGGAGUGCCUGGCCGACAUGAGUGAUGUAGAGGAGAACAACUUCGAGGGCAGAGAGUCUCGCUCUCAGUCAAAAUCUCCAACGGGAACUCCUGCUCGUGUAAAAUCGGAGAGCAGGUCAGGAUCUCGUAGUCCAUCAAGAGUUUCCAAACACUCUGAAUCCCAUUCUCGAUCAAGAUCAAAAUCCAGGUCGAGGUCAAGGAGGCAUUCUCAUAGACGUUACACUCGAUCCAGAUCCCAUUCUCACUGUCAUAGGAGACGAUCUCGAAGUAGGUCCUAUACACCAGAAUACCGGCGUUGAAGGAGCCGAAGUCAUUCUCCAAUGUCUAACCGGAGAAGACAUACAGGCAGCAGGGCAAAUCCAGAUCCCCACACUUGUCUAGGAGUGUUUGGCCUCAGUUUGUACACAACAGAGAGAGAUCUUCACGAAGUAUUUUCUCGAUAUGGACCAUUGAGUGGUGUCAAUGUGGUUUAUGACCAGCGAACUGGACGAUCACGAGGAUUUGCUUUUGUUUAUUUCGAGAGAAUAGAUGACUCAAAGGAGGCUAUGGAAAGGGCAAAUGGAAUGGAGCUGGAUGGUAGAAGAAUUCGUGUAGAUUAUUGUAUCACCAAGAGAGCGCACACACCUACACCAGGCAUAUACAUGGGCAGACCAACUCAUAGUGGUGGUGGAGGCGGUGGAGGAGGUGGUGGAGGUGGAGGAGGUGGCAGACGUCGAGAUUCUUACUAUGAUAGAGGAUAUGAUCGUGGGUACGACAGAUAUGAAGACUAUGAUUACCGGUACAGAAGAAGAUCGCCUUCUCCUUACUGUAGUCGAUACAGAUCACGAUCAAGAUCUCGUUCCUACAGCCCAAGACGCUAUUGAUAAACAGAGUGGUUGCAGUUGAGGACAUCUUUUUCUCUCUUUUUUUUCCCUUUCUCUUUUUUUGUUUAAUUCUGGAUUUCCCCAAGCUUCUAAUCCUUCCUACUCCUUAAAAAGAGCCCUUAAAAACAUCUUUGGUUUAUUUAGCAUCUACACUUUGUCGAUUGUAUUGUUGUUUUCACCCCUCUUAUUAUAUUCUUAAAGAUGUAAUUGUUGUCAUUUUGAGUAGUUAAACAUCUUGAGUUAAAAAGG